AUGGAAACAUAUUGCGAUUCAAACUAUUACGACUUCUUAUUUAAAAUUGUUCUAGUUGGUGAUUCAGGGGUUGGGAAGUCAAAUCUGCUAUCAAGAUUUAUUAACAAUGAGUUCUAUGAUAAUAGUUCCACAACAAUAGGUGUGGAAUUCCAAACUAAAAGCAUGCAAAUUUAGGGCUAACUUGUGAAAUCUCAGAUCUGGGACACAGCUGGGUAGGAGCGAUACAGAGCUCUUACUAGUGCUUACUAUAGAAAUGCAGUUGGUGCACUUCUCAUAUAUGACAUCACUGAUAAGAGGUCUUUCGAAAACUUAAAAAAGUGGGUUAGCGAAUUAAGAAAUCAUUCUCAGUAGAAUACUGUCUUGAUCUUGGUGGGAAAUAAAUGUGACUUGACAACCUAGAGAGCUGUUAAAAUAGAAGAUGCCGAGAGAUACGCAGCUCAUGAGAGUAAGAUUUCAUAAACCCUUAAUUUAUUAGACAUGGCUUUUAUUGAAACAUCUGCUUUAAAUGCCAAGAAUGUUAAGGUUGCUUUUACAAAUUUGAUUAAUGAGAUUUAUAAAUUGGCCAGGAUGGGCAAGUUUUCAGAUCAAAAUGGAACAAUGGAUGGAAUGUUCGGCAAUAAUAUCUCAUCAACUGCAGAUGGGUCUAAACCAAGAUCUGGCUAGGGUUUUGGCAAGGGCAACAAUCUUAGCAUCUCUGGAAUAAACAACAAUAAAAGUAUAAUCCUGAGUUCCUAGGAUCAUAAAAAUAAGCAAUCAAUCUUAGAAUAAGGAAAGAAAAACAAUAAUAAAUGCUGCAUCAAAUGA